UGAAAAAUACAAAAAUAUUUCCUUGUUUCAUUUAUAUACUAAUAUAUACCUGUUUUUAUACCUGUUUAUUUUUUUAUUGUAAACUUAUACUAAGUUAUAGCCACUCUAACUUACAGAUGGCCGCUUUUAUAUAGCAAAUCCUGCUCGCAAACACUGCUGUUUAAAGAUAAUUUCUUGCUAUAUAUAUUGAUAUAUUUAGCCAUUGAUUUACUAUUUAGGUUUAUUAUUCAUUUAUCUAUAAUAUUUGACACAUAUAUAUCACAAUAUACUUCUAUUAAAGCCUUGACAAUGAGGUAACUUUUUUGUAUAUUACUAGCGCGGGCGAUUUUACAUACCUAAAACGAUAGAUUACCAAUUAAAUUAUUAUAUAUUAUUGUUAUAUAGAUCUAGAUAUAUAAUGCUAAACAAAAUAAUGAGGAAUUGGUUUAUCAUUGUUACUAUUAUUAGUAACCUUUUGUAUCCAAAAUGGAUAAUUGUAGAAGGUCUUCAUUUCACUAAAAAAACAAACCCAAUUGGUUAUAUUGUGUUUGAUGAUUCACAAGGACUUGAAAGACAAUUUGAUGGUAUUGGUGGACUUAGUGGUGGAGGGGCUACCUCCAAGCUUCUGGUCAACUAUCCACAACAACAGUUGAAUGAAAUACUUGAUUAUUUAUUUAAACCUUAUUUUGGAGCAUCAUUGCAAAUUUUGAAAGUUGAAAUUGGUGGUGAUAUACAAAGUACUGAUGGAACAGAAGCAUCCCAUAUGCACAACAGUUGGGAAGAAAAUUAUGAGAGAGGCUAUGAGUGGUGGCUGAUGAAAGAGGCUAAAAAGAGAAAUCCAGACAUCAAGCUGUACGGUUUACCAUGGGGCUUCCCUGGAUGGCUUGGACAAGGAACUCAGUCACCAUACACCAAUGUUACAAAAACAGCUGACUACAUUGUCAGGUGGAUUACAGGGGCCAAAACUCAACAUAAUUUGACCAUAGACUACGUUGGGAUCUGGAAUGAAAGAAACUAUAAUAUAGAUUACAUUAAGACCCUAAGGGCCAUGUUAGACAGUAGAGGCCUUGAGAAUGUGUCAAUAGUAGCGUCAGAUGGAGGCUGGGACAUAGCUAAUGAUAUAGAGACAGAUGCUGUAUUAGCCAGCGCAGUAGAUGCUAUAGGCUGCCACUAUCCUGGCACCUACACCACUCAAGAAUCCAUCAACACUGGCAAACAGCUUUGGGCAUCUGAAGACUACAGUACAUUUAAUGAUGAAGUGGGCGGUGGAUGCUGGGCCAGGAUUUUGAACCAAAAUUAUGUAAAUGGAUAUAUGACAGCAACUAUAUCAUGGAAUUUGAUAGCCAGCUACUACAAUGGCCUUCCCUUCUAUAGAGAUGGUCUCAUGACUGCAGUAGAGCCCUGGUCUGGGAAUUAUGUUGUAGAGACUCCUAUAUGGCUCACUGCCCACACGAGCCAGUUCACAUCCAUUGGUUGGAAGUACUUAAAGCAUGGCUUUGGAGUUGGGAAACUUCCUUAUGGCGGAUCUUAUGUAGGGCUGGUCAGUCCAACUGGUGACCAGCUCACUAUUGUCAUUGAGACUAUGACCCACAAUCACUCCAUCUGUAUCAGACCCAGCUUGCAGCCAUACAAUGUCUACCCUCAAGAGGUUACCAUUACCCUGGCUGGAAGCUUUUCUAAUGUCACUGCCAUGAAUGUCUGGUACAGCAAGCUUGGAUUUAAUGGAGACGAAGACAUCAUGUUUCAAAAAAAGGAACCCCUUCAGUUCAGAAGUGGUCAAGCAAUUCUUGCUUUAGGUUUAGAUGAAGUGUUUACAUUAACCACAUUGGCUGGUGGCCAGAAAGGACUAUACCCAGACCCACCAGCUUCUAAGCCGUUUCCUCUGCCAUAUUUUGAUAACUUUGAAGGUUAUAGCUUGUAUCAAGAACCUUUUAACUUAGCUCAACAAACAGGCUCUUAUGAAGUUGUAAAUAAUGGUAGCAGCAAUGUAAUAAGACAGAUGGUGCUUAACACGCCUGUAGUCUGGUGUGAUGCUGACAUGGGCAAUAAAUCACUCAGUAUAAUAGGUGAUCAAAGUUGGGGUGAUGUCUAUAUUGAGCUGAGCUACAACAUUCCUUCAGUGAAUGCCACUAGUGGUGUGUUCAUAGCAGCUCGAGUUGACCGAGGGGGGUGUGGAGCUAAUUCAGCUCAAGGCUUUUUUUUCUUUGUGCUACAGGCUGGGACUUACGUUUUGGCCAAUAAUUUAGCAAGGACAUCUGUUAUACUGCAAGGACCUUUAGUUAACCAGCCUGGCUGGCACACACUGGCUCUGCUUGUUCAGGGUAAUGCUGUUGCUGGUCUCUGUGAUGGGAAUGUCAUUUUUGAUGUGAACUUGCCCAGCAAGCCUGCUAAUGGCUUUGCUGCUUUAGGUACUGACAGCUACGGACUAGCCGAGUUUGACAAUCUUUACCUGACCGAUGCAUUAGACGGUCUCAGCAGAAUCAACAAGCUCAAGACUUCUGGCUCCAGCAAGUUAACUUUUGUUGGAGAACGUCUUCUAAAUGUUUGAUCCAUCAGAACUUUUUCUUUUUCACUAUUGAUGUGUAAUACCACUAUUGCAUCAUUAAAAUAAAAUAAUUUUUUUACAGUU